GUGUACCUACUUUGUCUGUUCCACCUCCGUUCUACGCUUAUUUUCAAGUCUCUCUAAACUCUCCUGCGGGUCGAUCUCCAUUUCCGUAUCUCCCUAUUCAAAAAAAUGCAGUACAAGAACCUAGGUCGGUCUGGGCUCAAGGUCAGCCAGCUCUCCUAUGGCGCUUGGGUAAGCUUUGGUAACCAGCUCGAUGUCAAGGAGGCAAAGUCCCUCUUACAGUGUUGCAGAGACCAUGGUGUUAAUUUCUUUGAUAACGCAGAGGUUUAUGCCAAUGGAAGAGCUGAGGAGAUCAUGGGCCAGGCGAUCCGCGAGCUCGGAUGGAAGCGGUCGGAUGUCGUCGUGUCUACUAAGAUCUUUUGGGGAGGUUCUGGCCCUAAUGAUAAGGGGUUGUCCCGGAAACAUAUUGUGGAGGGCACGAAAGCUUCGCUUAAGAGGCUUGAUAUGGAUUAUGUUGAUGUGAUUUAUUGCCACCGGCCUGACUCAUCAACACCAAUUGAAGAAACGGUGAGGGCAAUGAAUUAUGUGAUUGAUAAGGGGUGGGCAUUUUAUUGGGGCACUAGUGAGUGGUCUGCCCAGCAGAUCACUGAAGCGUGGGGCAUUGCAGAAAGAUUGGACUUGGUGGGACCAAUUGUUGAGCAACCAGAGUAUAAUCUACUAUCAAGGCACAAGGUCGAGUCAGAGUAUCUCCCUCUAUAUACCAACUAUGGCCUUGGUCUCACCACAUGGAGUCCACUUGCAUCUGGGGUGCUCACAGGAAAAUACAGCAAGGGAGCUAUACCUCCUGAUAGUCGGUUUGCUUUAGAAAAUUACAAAAACCUUGCUAGCCGAUCACUGGUUGACGAUGUUUUGAAAAAGGUUAAUGGACUGAAGCCAAUUGCUGAUGAACUGGGUGUGCCUUUAUCUCAACUUGCAAUUGCAUGGUGUGCUGCUAAUCCCAAUGUCUCAUCAGUUAUUACUGGUGCUACAAGGGAGUCUCAGAUUCAUGAGAACAUGAAAGCUAUCGACGUGAUCCCCUUGUUAACUCCUGCCGUGAUGGAGAAGAUUGAGGCUGUUGUUCAAACCAAGCCAAAACGUCCAGAUUCUUAUAGGUAAUCAGGUGGCAUUAUUGCUUUCACAGUUUCUGCGUGUAUUGGAAAAGCAGAGCUCGCAGCUUAGUCUUGUCAACGACCAACUGGGUCUGCUCUAUUGUUUCGAACUAGUUCUGUUGUCAAGUAGUUACUGAAAUCUGCCAUUGGUUUUCAUUUAUUGGAGGUUAUCCUUUUAUGUUGAUGAUUGUUGGUGGUGGGCCGUUGGAUGUCCAUUGAUGAGGUUCAUGAUGCUGAAUUGGUAGUCAUGAUAUUUGGUGUACAUGAAAUAACAAUGUUUCUUUCUUCUCUUAUGCAAGAAUUUCCCUCUUUAUAUUAUA